GCGCGAGCGAAAUGUCCCGUUGGCGGAUGCCCUCCCUCCGUCCCAGUCGGGCGGUCGGGCCAGUUCGCUUCCGUGCGUUGAACCGCUCGGUUCCCUACCCGCUGCACCUGGCGCCAGCUUCGCCCCCGUCUCCCGGCGAUGUAAACACGGAGCGCGGCGGUGACCACGCGACAAGGCAAAACUCCUCGACGGAUGAAGUGGACCGUCGUUUGGAUUGCCCUCGUCGAGAGCGGCCCCCUUCCUCCCUGCUCGUGCGAUCGGUGAUUUCCGUGGCCAGGUAGACGCCGGUGCUACCAAACAACAAAAAGUUGGGCCGAAUCGUCGACACCGUUGCCUGGUGUUUGGUGCGUCGCGACGGCGUUGACCGGCAGCCGCGGUGUGGUGGCCAGCCAGCGUCGCUACCGGCGUCGCAGCGUCUCGGCGGCCGGUGUGUUGCUGGCUGCGGCGGCUUCGUGCCCGUUCGGAUUGCACGAGGAUCGGCCGGGAUCGCGCGAGCGCCGUCGCGUCCGAUGGGCGCAGGAGGUGUGCCGUGCUAGCCCCGGUGUGUCGGCCGAGUGUCGCGGCCCGGCUUGGCCCAUGGCCCCGAUGCCACCGCUCGGGGGCCUGGUAGGCGACGACACGACCACCGCCGCAGCUACUUCUUCGCUCGUGCUGCGAGGCGUGCUGGCGGCGUCGGCCUGCGGACGCUUUUUCACCUGGAACCCGGACGAGACUGAUGGCUCCGGGGAGCAAAGCGAGGAGGAUAUUCAGCGGAAGACGCAACGCAGCAUCAGCGAAUGCUACUUCGCUGUCAAGGGGACGGCCCUGGUGCUUCCGCACGAUGAGUCCAUGCACGUCUACCGGUGCUCCAACAACAAUGUCGUGGCUGGGGACAUCCGGGCGCACCUGCAGUCCAUGCUGUACAUGCUCCGGCGGGAGGACACGCUCAAGAUGGCGGUGAAGCUGGAGAGCCAGCACCCGUCUAGCCGGACGCGGUACCUGGUGGUGGUGUCCCGUCCGGGCCCCCAGGGCUCCGAGGAGGCCUGCCUGCUGGGCAUCGACUGCAACCACUGCACCACCAUCGGUCUAGUCAUCCCGGUCUGGGCGGACUCGCGCAUCACCCUCGACGGGGACGGAGGUUUCAGCGUGGCGUCCAGCAGCGGGCAUUACAUUUUCAAGCCAGUUUCCGUGCAGGCCAUGUGGUCGGCGCUGCAGUCUCUACACAAGGCGUGUGCCAAAGCCAGGGAGUUCAACUACUUCCAGGGGGGAGGGACCCACCUGUGGGUGAACUACUAUGCCGACAGGAUACACUCGGACCAGUCGUGCCUCAACGAAUGGCAUGCUAUGGACGACCUGGUGUCAAGAAGGCCGCCAACUCCAGACUAUGAUCGCUCAAAGCCAACAGAAAAGGAUGAGACGGAGGCCCUCAUCAGAAGCAAGUUGAAAGAACUCAUGAUGUCUGUGGACCUGGACGAAGUGACCAGCAAAUUCAUCCGGACUCGUCUGGAGGAAGAGCUGGACAUGAGUUUGCGUGAAUUCAAGCCCUUCAUUGACCAGGAGAUGCUCACCAUCCUGGGGCAGAUGGACGCUGCCACCGAGAUCCUCGAGUACCUCUACCUGGGCUCGGAGUGGAAUGCCUCCAACCUGGAAGAGCUUAAGGACAAAGGUGUUGGACACAUCCUCAAUGUUACGCGGGAGAUUGACAACUUUUAUCCUGGACUGUUUGACUAUUUCAACAUUCGUGUAUAUGACGACGAGACGACCGAGAUGCUGAAGCACUGGGAUCGGACGUACAAGUAUAUUGCGCAAGCCAAAGAGCAGGGUUCCAAGGUUCUGGUGCACUGCAAGAUGGGCAUCAGCCGGUCGGCGUCGGUGGUCAUAGCGUACGUGAUGAAGGCCUACGACCUGGACUUGGACCAGGCCCUGGAGUUUGUAAAGAGACGCCGCAGCUGCAUCAAACCCAAUUCGGGCUUCCUCAAGCAGCUCGAGACUUACAGGGGCAUACUCAAUGCCAGCAAGCAGAGGCACAACAGCAUCUGGCGCUCCAAGUCCGAGACUAACCUGAAGUAUGAGAAGCCCAAGCGCACCAAGAAGCAGGAGGGCAGUGAUGGGCGCAGUGCUACGGAGUCCCUCUGUGGCCACAUGAGCCUCCUGGUCCCCGGCAGCGUUGCACGGCCGAAAUCCUGGUCUCCUGAUGACGCCGCCUCCAGUGUCUUCUUCUCGGUCAGCAACAACGACCUGCCGAGCGCCAGCGAUUCCAUCACGCCUCCUGGCAAGACGCGGUCUUCCCGGAAGCGCCUGAGCCGGCCUCGCUAUGGGACGGACCCUGCCUGCUACCCUGCCGCCUUCGUGCCUCCCGAUGCCCCUCCAGAUUCCCCAGCUGUGGUCACCACCGGCACGGCCACCAUCCCGGUCACCUUGGGCACGGACCCGAACCCCCGGGUGGGUGGCAGUCCCAAGCCCUGUGCCCUGCCCUCCUCGCUCCUCCCUUCCAAACCGGGAGAGGAGGAAGACCAGGGACUGCACCGGGUCGCCUCUGUAAAAGACCGCAUCUGCGAACUGGAAUCUCAAGCCGUUGUCACCAAGCCCGCAAGUGGAAAAGCGCCCUUGAAACCGGACGCACCGCGAAUCGCCGCCACUUCGGCCGCAACGAUGACGACGGCAGACCCCAACGUGCGAAGCAAGUUGUUACUCAAUCUGGCCAAUCCGCCUUGUUACGGCAAGAACGACAUGCCUCUGCCGACCGAGGACUGCACGACGGUGGCGAUCUACAACGUUAGGACGUACGAACCGCAGGGCGUGGAGCCUGUGGCGUCGCAGACCAAGCCUCCCACUCCGAAGCACACGGCUGUGAUAGUGAAGCCGACGCCUCCCUGGUCGUCGGGAGGAGCGGGCGACGUAGACGGAGGGGACACGGCGGACGUUGCUCCAGCACCGUCACCAAAAGACGUCUUCUCGUCCGCGCUGAGGAGGGAUGCAGAGGACGGGUGCCCGAGGUUCCCGGCCCCCACGGCGGGCGUCCCCUGCCACAUGGCCGACGACAUCCGGUCGGCCGACGCUAGUCACUCCCCCGAAAGGGUGCCGUGGGAGGAGCCCCGUCCUCGGGGCACGCUCUUCCCAGCGGAGAUAUGUAAGUUGCAGAUAGGGUUUGCGGAAGGGGCCGCAGCAGAGGCGCGGAAAGAGAAUGUAGUCCCUGUCCUGGCGGAGCUGCAGGUGGACGGCCAGAGGUCGGAAGACCCUUCUCGGGAGAAAAACCAGCAGGGAAAGGUGUGCAAGACCAAGUGCCGACUCGAAGGCUUUGCGCAGUCGCUGCGUUUCGACGGGAGAGCGUUUCCUUCGCAGACGAGGUCGAUGCCUUCCACGCCUCCCGAGACGGUGGCGGGCGUCUGCCCGACAUCGCCGAGCAAGCAGAUCCUACGGUCGCAGAGCCUGCGCUCCGAACGCCGGCCCAAGUCUCUCGCACUUCCCAAGUAUGUAGCGCGGAGUCCGCCCAAAUUUGCACUCCAAGAGUCCCCUCCGAUUGCGGACGACCAGUUCGGCCUCGAGAUCAGUCACAGUGCGAGCACGCCAUCAGUCGUGGAGGCAGUCAACGAGGUGCUGCGCGACACGGAGCGCGUCAUCUCCGGCGCCUUCCACUUGCUUCCUCCGACGGCGACCACACCCCCAAGAGCCCGCAGCGCGGACGCGGACUUCGGGAGCCCCACGUCCCUCCUUGUCGAAGCCCAGCAGUGCCCUUUGGAGCAUGAGUCGAGUUGCGGCGACGUUCCGCUGGCCGGAAUCGUCAAGCAGCAGAGGGCAAUGCUCGAGGGACUGCAACCACAACACAGAGCCUCGGAUCGCAAACCCCCCGCCGGAGACUCGCGCUCCAAGAAAGACCAGGCCCGCUUCAUCAGAGAGCUUGGAAGCAGCCUGGUUCCUGGUGACACCCCUGUUACCGCGGAGGCGGAAGAAGAGGAGUCUGCAGUGGGAGUCGUCAAGAGACUGACCAAGGAGCUUGAAGCGAAAGCGCGGAACGGUAAGGCCAAGCCGGGAACGGCGGACCGACUCGUCAUUGUGGAGCGGGACGGCCGGGAGCAAGACCCCGCCUCGACUGGCAGUUCCAGCACUCCCAACUCCCCCGUCUGCGAGCGACACGGCUGCGGGGCCUGGGGUCCCCGCGGACCCCGCGCCUUCUCCGAGUGCCGCCCACCUCCAGCCGAGCCGCCGCCACCGCCCAGCCGCCACACCAGCCUAGACGCUGCGGAAAAGAUGCGGAAGGCGUCUGCCUCGCGGGGCCCGUCGUCGGCGCACCCGACUGCGAGCAAUCGCGGCGGGGAACUCCCGCUGCCUCCGAAAGUGCCGCCACCCGGUGUGUUGUUCGCGAUGAUGCCUCCCGGCGUGUUGCCCGGCGGCCUUCAGCGCAAGAUUCGAAAGCAGCAGGGCAAGACGCAUCCACUGAGCAAACUGGCUGCGCGGCAGAGGCAUCCAAACCCUCUGUACAACACCAUGUGAUCCCGUGUGUGUCUCCCUCGUCCCCUUUCGUCCCACCACUUUCUCCAAAACCUACGUCGCCUUCCGGCGAGAAUGCCGAAAAAUUCUCGUACCAUUUGCCGCUUUCGUUUUGUGUUUGCGUCCGUCUGCUGUACAGAAACAAAGCCGAAGCUGCCCAUCGAGUGUCAGUUGUUGCUGUUGCGCGUGUUUGUCUGAGCGGGGUGAUAGGAGUUAAGGCGCCGAGUCACACCCUGUGAUGCAUGCACCACUGCUGUGAUGAGUCGGCAGUUUUGAGUGUUGUCCCUCCAAUGUUCGGGUUAGUCUUUGUUGUCGUUGGCAUGUUUUGUGACAGUGAGGUGCGCAUACACAGUUUUGAGUGGAUGCCCAGGGCAGAGUGUGGGAGAGAGUUUGCUGCCCAUGGGGAAUAACAAAGGCAGGAAUAUGCGAAGUUGCCCAGGCUUCAUUUCCCUUCACGGAUGACUAAUAUGCCGACUGAAACCUGUUGUUCCUUCACCUUUGCAUGCAAUAUGAUCACCAUAAUAUUAACUGCCAUUCUUACAAUGAGGGUAAUGCAUUUUUAUUGCAGUCUACCUUUAGAAUCUCAAUUUGUAGUGGCAUUUUCAGUUUUUCUGGUAAAAUGCACUAAUAUUCCAACAGCAUAAUUAUUUAAUUACAGCUUCGUUAACCUCGUUCGAUUUAAGGCAGUGCAAUGAAAUAGUGCGGGAACUUGCAUAACAGUGUCUCCGAAUGCAGGAGUCCCUUUUGCCCUAUUUCAAAAGGGGCUUUCUGAUCUGCCGACAAAAAUAGACCCUUUCAAUUUCCUGGUGACUACCUUUUCUCACGGUAGAGUCGAACGAAAAGAAAGGAAGUGAGGCCAGCCCGCUUGCCGCUCCCCAGUGCACCUGCGGCGGCCACCAGUGCUGGAUGCUCGCGCUUAGUGAAGACGGCCUCUGCAAACACUGCCUGGUUGCAAACUAUGCUUUGCCACGCUGACAAAAGGCUCUUGUCAAGAACCACGUGCCAUAUGAUGUGUCCUAGUUGCCUGCCCCACUCUCCCCUCUCUGCUGCUGCUUAGUGUGCUCCAAAGCUCCCCGUAUGUGUGUGUGUGCGUGUGAAAGCAAUGUUUUUUGUGCAUCUGGCCACGAGAGAAUGAGUGACGACAAAGUACUGUGUGAUGCGCUAGACCGAGAAAUUAUUUAAGACGAACGAGCAGAAGAUGAUUUCACCUUCUGGAAUAAAAUGGAUUUUAGCAACCUGUA